AUGGCCUCGAAGGGGACGAAAACCAAGGCUCAGAAGAGACGGGAGGCGUGGGACAGGCGAUUGCAGGCCAACAAUGCGAUGGCGAAGGUGUUCAAGGCCUCCCUGAUCGCGACGGCCUUCCUAGCGAUGGCGCAACAGAUGGUGCUGCUGGCGGUGCCUCUCAUCGUGCAGCAGCUUCUGCAGUGGCUCAUCGACGAGGACAGUAGCGAUACGUACAUCGGGGUCGUCUGGGCGAUCACCCUGUUUCUCGUGGGCUUCUGCGGAAACGGCCUCCUGACGAACCACUAUUUUUUGUACCUGUACGUUAUGGGCAUGGACGCGAGGACCAUGCUCAACGCGGCCACUUACUCCAAGUCGCUGGGGCUCUCCAACAAGGCUCGGCAGAGCACGAGCACGGGCGAGUUGGUGACCCUCAUGUCCAACGACGCGCAGCGGCUCCCGGACAUGGCCCUCAGCGUGCACGCCAUCUGGAGCACCCCGCUCUUCAUCGUGGUGGCUGUGUUCCUCCUCGUCAACCUCGUCGGGGCGGCGGCGGUGGCCGGGAUCAUGCUCCUGGUGCUCAUGAUCCCGAUACAGGGGGUGCUCGCGGCCAAGCAGAUGGGGCUUCAGCGCGCCCAGAUGAAGCAGACGCAGUCGCGGGUCAAGGUCAUCAACGAAGUCUUGCAGGGAAUCCGCAUCGUCAAGUACUACGCGUGGGAAGUUCCUUUUGUGGAGAGGAUCGCCGCCCUGCGCGACAUGGAAGUCGACAAGAUCAAGAGCUUCGCUUUCGUGAACGCGUACUCGAUGUCGAUCAUGCUCACCACCCCGUUCGUGAUGGUGAUGCUCACCCUCGUGGUGUUCUUCAACGUUGACGGCGACUUCAGCCCGGACGUGGUCUUCACCGCCGUGUCCCUCCUCCUCGUCAUCCGGUUCCCGCUCAUGAUGCUCCCCAUGGCCGUCGCCAGCUGGGUGCAGGGAAAGGUCUCCGUCGGCCGCAUGCAGGCGUUCUUCGAGCUGGAGGAGCUGCACCCCAGCGACCGGGAGUGGACGAACCGCGAAGGGCCGGGGAGCGGCGCCGUUUCCAUCGCCGGCAAGUUUGUCUGGACCCCGUCGGACGAGGACGACGACGAUGCCACCGGCGGCGGCGGUGGUGGUGGUGGUGGUGGCGGUGCGCAGGGCGGAGAGACGAAGGAGGAGGGCGAGCUCGCCGCGGCUGCCUCUAGCGGGAAGAAGGGCGCCAAGGGGGCUGCCGUGGCUGACGAAGGGGGGGCCCCCCCCCCCCCCCCGUCCGCGCGCUUUAACAACAACAUCAACAUCGUACGGCAGGUGGGCAGCGGCAAGAGCAGCCUGGUGUCGGCGCUGCUGGGAGAGAUGACCAAGGUCGAAGGGCGCGUUUCCAUCGACGGCAGCGUGGCGUACGUGGCCCAGACGGCCUGGAUCAUCAACGCCACGCUCAAGGAGAACAUCCUGAUGGGCCGGCCUUUCGACGAGGCGCUGUACCAAAAGGUUCUCGACGUGUGCGACAUGAAGCAGGAUCUGUCUCAACUACCGGCGGGCGACGAGACCGAGAUCGGCGACAAGGGCAUCAACCUGUCGGGCGGCCAGAAGCAGAGGGUUUCGAUAGCGAGAGCGGCCUACGCCAACGCGGACGUGUACAUCCUGGACGACCCGCUGUCCGCCGUCGAUGCCCACGUCGGAAGGCAUCUGUUCGACGAGUGCCUGGCGGGGUUCCUCAAGGGCAAGACCGUCAUCCUCUGCGCCAACCAGCUGCAGUUCCUGCCUCAGACUGACCUCGUGCUAGUGGUCGACGAAGGGCGCAUCGUUGAGGAGGGGUCGUACGCGGACCUGAUGGCGGCGGAAGGCGGAGGGCUGGCGAAGCUGAUGGAGAUGUUUGCCGAGGACGAGUCGGACGACGAACUAAGCGGCGAUGGCAACCAGGAGACCAAGGCUGGCGACGCUUUUGAUUUGCUCGGAGACGGGACCGUCCGCUUCGCAUCGCGCCCCCCCCCGAGGAGCACCCCGGCCAGGGGUAGCCGCGCACCGCGCCCCCCAACAGCGGGCCCCCCUCCAAGCGGCAAGCCGCGCUCCCUGGCGGGCACGCCGAUAAGGGGGAGUCGCGGAGGCAGCCGCUCGUCUUCCGUCGCGGGCGUCGGCGAUAGCGAGAUUUCGAGGGCAGAUAGCACGGACUACCUGUCGCGCUCGGUCCACGACGCAUCUGCCACGAUGGUGGAAGGGGGCCUCGCGGGGGGAUCCUCGCCGGUACCGUCCUCCUCGACGAGCCACCCCGACUGGCAGCUGAUGGAGGCGCUCCACUCGGCAGGGUUCGAGGACGAGGACGAUGAGGAAGACGAGAACGCCGCCGCCUCCAUGGGCGUGAUGGCGAACGCGUCCUACAGGCGCCGCCGGCGCAAGAGCAAGAGCAACAGCGUUGGCUUGGUCGGCGACGGCGUCGCUGAGGGCAUGCGGGCUUCCGACGCCAGCAGGCAGUACAGCAGGCAGUACAGCAGGCAGCACUCUGACGGAGAGAGGGCCGCCAAGACUACCAGCGCCGUGGCUCAGGAAGCGUUUAACGCCGGCGGGGCGCUGCAGACGGUGGAGGGAAAGGAGGAGGGCGCGGUAGCCCUGAGGGUGAGAGCGACGGGUCCCCCCCUGGUGGUCUGUGAGGACGAGGGCGCCAGGACACGUACUGCAUUUGUUGUUUGACACUGUAAUAAUCGUGUCUGGUUGCUAUUGUAGUUGUUGACACUACUACUGCAAUUUGUGUCUGGUUGCUAUUAGUGUGGUUGUUGACACUACUACUACAAUUUGUGUCUGGUUGCUAUUUAGUAGUUGUUGACACUACUACUGCAAUUUGUGUCUGGUUGCUAUUUAGUAGUUGUUGACACUACUACUGCAAUCAAUCGUGUCUGGUUGCUAUUGU